GCGCAGAAACACGUUGUUUCUGUAUUCUGCUGCUUUGCUGUGUCCAUUUUGUCUCUUUCCCCUGAGAUUAUAUCAUAUAUAAGGACAUAUUACCUCUCUAUCUUCUUUAUUUAGUGAGGAAUCCGUCAAGAUGGCGGCUGGAGAUGAUUCUUCUCAGGGCAUGAAGCUCAAGGAAGCGAUGAAGGAAGUACUCAAAGAGUCUCUGAAGCAUGAUGGGUUGGCAAGAGGUCUACGUGAAGCUGUAAAGGCAUUGGACAAACGUCAAGCAUAUUUGUGUAUUGUUGCUAAGAACUGCUCUGAGGCUGGUUAUCUUAGGCUGGUCGAAGCACUUUGCAAGGAACACCAAAUCAGUCUCCUGAAAGUAGAGGAUAAGGAAGAACUGGGCGAAUGGGUUGGUCUUUGCAAGAUUGAUAAAGAUGGCAAGCCAAGGAAGAUUGUUAAAUGCAGUUGCGUUGUUGUAAAGGAUAUUGGUACUGAUACUGAAGCUUGGAGUACUGUACAAGAAUACAUAAAGACCCAAACAGCUGCUGCUGUUUGAUUAAUUUGAACCACCAUUCAAUUGAAUGCCUAUUGCUUUUUGUUUAAUAUGAUUUCUUUAACUUUAA